ACGCUAGGCUAGUAUGAGGCUAGUCUCGUAUCUUUUCACAACAGAAAAUCAGCACGAUCCAACAGUAAAACAUUCAGGGUCGCUGCACACACAUUUUUUACUUUCCGUGCAACAGUCGAUUGUAACACGCGCAGUGUAGUGCUACGAACUAGUUUAGCAAAGUGCAUAUGAUCGGUUUCUGUAAGUACCUUUCGUUGUGAAUCUUUCGACGAAUUAUCGUAUCAUCUCGUUAGAAAGAUGAAGGAAAACGGCAAGUUAAAAAAGCAACACAUCAAUGACGUCCAACCAGCGACGGUAGAUGAACAUUUUGAAAUAAUCAUGAACGAUAAAACUCUACUCGACUCGGAUUUACCUAGUGUAACACGUGAUGAUCUUCCAGAUUGGUACGAUAGCGAAAUGUAUAAACAAGGUCAAGAGUACUACACGCGGUAUUUAGCAGCAAUAGUACUAAACAACCUGAUAGGACUCAUUGCAGUAUUUGCAGUUCCGCAAAUAAUGAAGGUACUUACAUAUACGAAACAGAGCAGUACAGUUUGCACGGCUUUCAAAAGAUACGUUCAAACGAUGUUACAUAUACAUAAGUUCUAUGUUUGCGAUCCGGAUGAUGCAGAUUCUAACUGGUACAAGUCAAUGAAUGUAGUCCGCUGGAAACACAAGACGAGCAGCAAGAAGUGCUGCAAGGCUGGAAUAGGAGGAAUUUAUCAGAGAGAUAUGGUACUUACUCAGUUUGCUUUCAUAGCGUACGCUCUCACCAUGCCUAAAGCCAUUGGUAUAACGAUGACACGGGAAGAAGAAAAAGCGUUUGUUCAUUUCUGGCGUGUUACGGGCAACAUGUUAGGGAUUCCUGAUCGGUUGAACAUAUGUCGCAAAUCUGCAGCAGAAACUCGCCAGUUGUGUCAGAAGCUAAUAGAUAAUGUGUACAAGAAUUAUUUCAUUGAUGCUCCACCUGAAUUCCAUAAACUAGCGGCAGCUUCAUUGGAUGGAAUAUGGUACGUUGAUGUCAGCAUAGACAGAGAGGCUACUAUGGCAUUAGUUUACAAAGUACAUAAUGUCAAGUAUAACAAGCCUAUUGGAUGGUACAGUUGGAUAAAUAUGAAAUAUCGUGAUGCCUUGAUCAGUUUGUCCUUUGCGCCAUAUAUCGGAAUAGUAAUAAGAACAUACUUUAACAAUCUACUAAAGUUCAUAUUAUGGUAUACGGAAAACUACGGAGCCAUGUAUGCAUGGCUAAAAUUUCCAAGCAAAACUAUUCAGUUGAAGUUAUAUCCUAAAUUUGAAUAACUUAUAUCUUUUUGGAAAUCCAUAGUGUUGUAAAAGCUAUAAAAGUUUUUUGCAGUAUUCUGUAAAAGCAAAAGUCAUUCUUUUUGUAAUUGUAGUAUUUAUUGUUAUUAAUAUUUUUAUUAUAUGAUCUUGUUUUCAGGAAAAUAUUCUUCCAAAGUUUAGAAUUAUUUACUAAGAAGGGUUGUUAAAAACUUCUCAAUAUUAUAUUUUAUUAUUUGAUAUAAUUAAAUUGUUACUAUACAUUAUUGUACAAAAUAGAUUGUGUGAAAUAAGUGUACAUAUUUCGCAAUUUGUAAAUAUAGAAUAAUGUAUAAAAUAAUAAACUUGUAUUAAUUGCUUUA